AUGGAGCGUGAUCCUGAACUGGGUAUUUAUGGAAUGAAGCAGAAAUUUCUUGCAUUUAUAAAGACUAACAAGAGAGGGACCAUAUCCAGUGACAUAAAAUUCAUCCUGUCCUUUAUCUUCCUCUUCAUAAUGAUAAUAGGAACAUUGGGGAUUUCACCCAACAUGUGGUAUUGGUGCAGAAACCAUCUUAAUGAUUCGUUUAUGUAUGCUACGUUUCGUGAUUGUGUUGCAGAAAGAACCUUCAAAAACUUAUCAACCAUAACUCAAUUCUGGAAGUUCGCAGAAACUGUAAUGAUCGACAGUAUAUACGGGAAAUCCGAAAAUGAUACACAUCAAGCAUUUGUGUUGCAAGAUAGUAAGCUGGUUGGAGCACCUCGCCUACGACAGGUGAGAGUGAGAAAUGAUUCGUGCGUAGUACGUCGAGCAUUGAAUCGAUCAAUCGAAUUAUGUUAUGAAUUAUAUUCACGUUGGUACGAAGAUACAAAACCAUUUGGGCCAGGAAACGGGACAGCGUGGACUUAUUCCACUGCAGAAGAACUGGGUGGUUCCAGUCAUCAGGGAAAAUUUUCCUUGUAUAGUGGCGGAGGAUAUUAUGAAGAUCUGUCACUCAACCGUAGCGAAACCAUUGAGAAAUUGCUUACCUUGAAGAAUAAUCAGUGGGUUACAGGAAGAACAAGAGCCAUUUUCAUUGACCUAAUGGUCUAUAAUGCAAAUGUCGAUGCAAUCUUCAUUGUGAAGCUUGUUUUUGAGAACGAACCAACAGAAGGAAUUGUAACAGCAUACUUGCUCUUUCCAGUGAAACUCCAUCGACUUGUGACCGUGUAUGACUACUUUGUUACAGUCUGUGAAUGCAUGUUCGUAGCAUUCAUAUUUUUCUACACCAUAAAAUGGAUAAUGGAUUUUGUGGUCUUAAAGGGAAAAUACGAGGAUAGUGCAUUUGAUGUUAUAUUGCUGCCCAUUCUUCUGGUUUUUAGCUAUUAUGCUAUAUGCUUCAGAAUCUGUAGCUACGUGGUUAUUGAACCACAAAUACUUCAAAAUAUUUCAGAGGAGAAGUUGGGAAACUUUGACUUAACUCGUUCUUUUCGAGGAAUUUACAACGUUUCAACUAGUUUUCUGUUACUUAUAGCUUGGCCCCAACUUUUCAAAUACACCAAUUCCGAAUACGUCUCGUCGCUUGUCAAGUGCUGGAAGGAGAUUGCUACAAUUUCAGUUGUCGUCCUCAUUAUUAUUACCACAUGCCUUCAUAUCAUGUACUGCCAUUAUUGUAGUUAUUACUAGAGCAAAGUGCUCCUUUCGUCUAUCAAGGUCAUUCGGCAAAAAAGUGUAACGAAGACAGGUCACAAGAAUGUGUAAGUUGAAUAUCAACAAAUAAACAACAAUGGUUACCUAGGA